CACUCCAGUUAGUAACGGGAAAUUAUGUCGCGUGUGUUUCUAAUCGAUCCACGGACAAAUGUGAUAUGAAAUAUCAUUUUCGUUGACGAUCGGCGUAAAUAAUUAGCCAACGGGCAGUCAGGUGCUACCAAUCAAGCUAAGUAGCCUCACCCUUGUCGGAUCCUUGCCAGAAUUCAUCAAAAACGAUUCCACAAUCGAGCUGCGUGAUUUCUGUAAGAUAUGAACACAGUUCAAAGGUCAGACGUGGCCCUCUUCCAGCGAUGCCCGAGAGAGGCGGAAAAAGAAGGCCCCAAAUCUGCGCUGGUCUACCUUUUCCAGGAGGUUUCUAACCUUGAGGUCUCGUUGCAGAGCGGCGACCUCGACACCAGGUCGCUGCCCUGCUCGCUCGAAGACGCUCAAGCCGGAAGUCCUCCAAGCUCCAGCCCCCCAACUUUAAUAUCACCGUACGAACGCCAUGACCACGUGUUCAGCGGGGAAAUGGAAUUCCUAACGGAGUGCCCACCUGGCGCCCACAGCACUUGGCGAUCGUUGAGUCUGAUCAACCUGCAGUGUGAGAGGCUCAUGGACCUCAGGGAUGAGGAAUCAGAACCAGGACUGCCGUUUCCCAAUAUAUGGGCCGUCCCUUCUGCACAUGCAUCAAGAUCUUUUGAAGGAACCGAUGCCAGCGUCGUUGCAGAAGAAGUUCUGGCAUAUUCUCAGCAAUUUGAAGCCGAUCCCGAGUUGAGUGUUUACGUGUUGUCGGAGGGCAGUCGGGACAGCUCCUCUGCUGAAGAUCGUCGUGCCGGCGCCAGUGUUUCAGGAAGUUCUUGGUCACAUGUACACAUGUUGGACGCAUCCCCUAAUAGUCAAACGGGUUUCGACUCCAAUAGCCUGGAGCGAUCACGGCCGGCUCACGUCUUCGGCCGCAACGAGGACCUGAUGUUGAACCACCAGGGGCCCUCGCAACCAGAUGAAGUGUCAUCAAAAUCACACGGCGCGCAUGUUCAAGUUGAGGAGACGCUACGGUGCUCGCCCGCCACCGCGGCGUCCUCGCAGUUGAGGUCAAAUGAGGGAAAUGAAACACCCGCGUUACACCACUCGCCGAGAACCAAAAUACUCAGGAAGCAACCCAAUCCGAGACGCAGCGCUGAUAUCCGAGACCCGAACUUCCGGGGAGUGAGGUUCCGGAUCGGCGCAGAGCUGAAUGACGGAGGGGAGGAGUGUCGGCUCAUCGUAACUUCCAAGUACAGCGAAGGGCUCGGCAAGAGUGUGCAGAAAUCCGGGAAGAGGAGGAAGACCCGAACGUCUCGGACGGCCUGGAGCUCCGAUGAGGAGAGUAAACCCACUGCUUCAAGGGGCAAAGUUUGCGCAUCAUGCUGCACCACAAAGACCCCCAUGUGGAGGGAUGGAGAAGAUGGGACCCCUCUCUGCAAUGCUUGCGGCAUAAGGUACAAGAAGUACAGAGUGCGUUGCGUCAACUGCUGGAAUAUCCCGAAAAAAGAAAGCAACUCCAACACGUGCUGCCUCAAAUGUGGAAAUUUUGUGAAGCCGACGUCCACUCAGCGCAAUCGCAGCAUCUCGGAGAAAACGUCCACUUUUACCGCCACGCGGAGCUGCGCAAACACUUGAACGCCACAUUUCGACACAAACUCGCCUCAGAAAUCUGCACUGGUGUGUUCACUGCCCCCUUUUUUUUUCUUUUUUUAAAACACUCAAUAUUGUGUAAAACAUUAGCUCCACUAUGCUAAGAAACUUACGACAACUCAAAUGAACAAAAAACGGUGGCGCAAAAAAAAAAAAAAAUUUUAAUGCCUCUUAAAGAGGAAAAAAAAACACCAUAAAAAUUUGUAAUAUUUAAAUGUUUGUUGUGGCUGUUCAGUUUAAAAAAAAAACAACAUAUAAAUGCUUGAGCAUAUCUUUGACUUUUCUGAGGAAAAAUGUGACGCUGACCCUCGCAGUUCAAAGGUCAAUUGUUAGGUGGCCAAUGCUGGACUUUUGUUAAGGGUGCGUUCAAUGCCGCAAAGUGUACAAUUUGGUUUUUGGGAGGUUUUUUGGGUACUCUAUCUUAUGAUCCUUGUUUUUGUCAGUGUGGUCUUGGAAUGUUAAAUUUUUACGUGUUGGCGGUUUUGGGUAUUGGCUAUUAUUUCAUUAUUGAUUCAUUGGUUUUCUUGGCACGCGUGCUUGUGAAGUUAUUAAAAAAAAAGUACAUUU